CUACGAAUCCUCAUCACAGUCCAACCGCAGCAAGGAACCCUUCAAUUCAAAAUGCUUCUCGGCGCUCUGCAACUUGCUUAUCUCUCCUUUCUCUCAGACCCCUCCAGAUUUGUCUUGGAGCCCUUCGUUCUGGCCGGUGUUCUAGGUGUUCUGUACAUCUGCUGGUGGCAAUGGAAGUUUUCCAUAGCGCCCUUGUUGUAUCCGGAGAAGCCCCCGAGUGUCCCCUACUGGAUCCCCCUUCUUGGACAUUCUUGGACCAUGUUUGGAGACUCUGCAUCCUUUAUUUCGAGAAGCCUAGACUAUUUCAACCGAGUGUACAAACCUUUCUCAGUCCAAGUCUUGGGCGACCAACUCUACGUUAUUACUUGCCCGGAUGACGUUUCGACCGUGUACAAGAGAUCGACUGUGUUCUCCUGGCACGGGAGGAUGGACAUGCUUCUCUAUGGAUGGGGCCUUACCAAGGAAGCCAGAAGGAUUUCCUGGAGAAAACCUCUUCCUAGCGAGCUCGAUUCGGACAAGGGCAAGAUCUUGAACCCACACAACAAAUGUCUUAUCGAAGUCAUCGAGGAUGCCUACAAAAUGCAGCUUCUUCCGGGAGAGAGACUUGAUGCAAUGCGAAACUGCAUUAUCUCAAAUAUCAACGACUCGAUCUCAUGGAGCAACAUGUUUGGUCCUUUCGUUCUGGAAUCCGGCAUUGGAUCACGUCGUGUCUCUGCCAAAGAUUUGUGCCGAAUCCUGAUCAUUAAAGCAACCAUACGGACCAUGUUCGGUGACUUGAUCUUUCAGUAUGAGCCCAGCAUCGUCGAGCAACUUAUCACCAUGAAUGACAAAGCCUGGGCAUACGUCUUCGGGUUCCCAAGUAUUUUCGUGCCGAAAUUAUACCACGCGAGGAAGAAGCUCGAUGCAGCGGUCCGAGCAUACAUCAAUACCCCAGAGGCAUAUCGGCAAGGAGAGGGAUGGGUAGUCCGCAGAGUUACCCAGUCAUUGGAGUAUUUUGGCAUGGAUGAAGACAGUCGGGUGUCCAUGCUCUUGAUGGUACUCUGGGCAUCCUACAGUAACACCGUCUCCGCAGCUUUCUGGACGCUGUCCUACAUCGUCUACCAUCCUGAGCUCCUGGAAGAUCUUCGCGACGAAACCCGGCCUGCAAUCGAAAACGGAAUCAUCGACUCCGAAUACCUCGACAAGCACUGCCCUCUUAUGGAUUCGACGUUUCACGAAUGCCUCCGUCUCAUAAGCGGCUCUGUUAGCAUUCGGAGAGUCAACGAAGACGUCGUAAUGUCCAACAUGAAGCUCAAAGCUGGCAAUAGCGUUCUGAUUCCCGUUCGUGAGCUGCAUUACAACAAAAACGUGUGGGGUCAGAGCAACGAAGAGUUCAAGCCGGAUAGGUUUCUCAAUCGCUCCAAUCUGGCAAGCCAUUCCGGAUAUCGUCCAUUUGGCGGAGGAGUAAGCUAUUGUCCGGGUCGUCAUCUCGCAAAGGCUGAAAUCUGUGGCUUUGUCGCUACUCUGAUCAACCGUUUCGAGAUCACUCUACCAGUCAACGCACAGGGAGAGCGCCAGCCGUUUCCCCAAAUGGAUUUCACGAGGCCUUCCCCAGGCGUAAGCCUCUGUUUGGAAAAUAUGGAUCUCGUACUUGAAGUAACGCCGCGGAAGAAGCUGUUGUAGCUCGAUUACAGUUUAGCAAGCAAGAAAGUUAGAAGAGGCCCAUGAUUCUAAUGCAGUUUUGAUCAUAAGGCAGAUGAGGACCACCUAGGC